GAUUUAUGACGUCACAGUGUUGCUAUCAAACAACGGUGCGAAAGAUGAACAGGUGAAAUAACAAUAUUUAACAAAUUACUAAUAGUCACUAUGGCGUCAUUGAUCAGAACGAGUGCCGGUGAAAGGGUGGAUUUUGAUUUCUUUGAUACGCCAAGAAAUCAAAACAACGAUGCAGUGGAAUCUUUAGACGAGGACGAUAGAAUUUACGAAAGGCCCCCUCCUGGGAAGAGCAAUGAAAAACAUGGCGACAUAAGCUUCAGGGCCAGAGAAAAGAAAUAUUCUAGUUCUGAGUCGAGUGACAGUGUGGUUGAUAGUGAUAUAGAUACGGAAUCAGAAAAAUCUUAUAGUUCUGGGGGAUCUAGGCCUACAUCACAAAUGCAGAGGAAAAACAAAAGAAAAAGUCUCGGAAAGAAAGUAGAUUCAGACAGUUCCUCUAGUGAUUCUAGUGCUUAUUCAGAUGAUUCUUCUGAUGAAGAAAGUAGAAUAAUUGAGGAGGAACGGAAGAAAGCUCAAAAGAAACAGUCAAGGUAUAAUCGACCUGAUGACAAAGCUAAAGAAGCAUGGGGACAUGGCAUUGAAAGGAUAGAUAUUACAAAGAAAUCUCCAUCCACUGAAGAUCUGUCCAGUCAAAAGAAAGACAGCAAGUCAGCUAACGGCAGGUCAGGGUCAGACAGUGAAAUGACUGAUGUAUCUCCUUUGCCAUCGCCACGAGAUUUUGACAAUGGACAUGUGCAAUAUUCUGAUCAGGUCAAUGAUAACUUUGGUGAUGUUCAGCUUAAAAGCAAACAACUUGACUUAAGCAUAUUAAUGGAAGCAGUGUCAGAAAUUGAUAAACAGCAAAGAAUUAAGAGUAAUAGGAGGGUAAUGUUUGAACCUCCAAAUCCGCAAAGUGGUGAAAAGUCUAAUUUCACAUUUGAUACUCAAAGAGUGAAGCUUAUUGAGAAAGAAAACCAAAGACUUCUGAAAGAAAUUAUGAGACAUAUAGGACCAAAUCACCCUAGUAAGAAAAAAGGGCCACGUGACCAUAAAUUAAGCGUACAGCGUGUAACUCCCUCAGCAAUUAACAGACAGCGGGAACAAAGGAGAAUAGAAGCAGAAAAUAUGCAAUUUUUACAGCGUUUGCAUCACACACGUCCAACCAGAGGCUUGUCACGAACAGAGCAGCUCAAAGACUACAAGCACACAUUGCUUCAUGGAGUUCCAAUUGCAGCCAUACAUCGCUCACCUGUACCAGACAACACCUAUGUGACUGGAAAUGCAACUCUAGGAUCCACUAUAGGAAGCACAGGUCGAAGGUCCAGACCAAGUAGUGCUAAAUCUAAUGCAAGUACAAUCCGAUCUCGUCCAGGAAGUGCAAAGUCUAUAGCCAGUAGUAUUGUCAGUCGUCCAUGCAGUGCAAAAUCCACAGCAAGAUCUGCUGACAAUCGCCCUGCCUGGAAUGACCGUUUUUCUUACUCUUAAGUCUGAAAACAUUAAACAUACUUUUAUAUGGGUUGGUUCACAUUACAAAGUUAAUCUUGUUUAUAUCAGGUACAUGUAAUUGUAUUGCAUACAUGCUGAGAUUAAUAGAAUCCUUCAUUAGUACGAGUGUGGGAUAGGGAAAUUCCACCGAGGGGACAAGAUUCGCAGUCUAGGACGAGGCUUUGCCGAGUCCUAGACAGCGAAUCUUGUUCCCGAGGUGGAAUUUCCCUAUCCCACACUAGUAAAUAAUGAAGGAUUAUUUUUCUCACAUUUUAUCUACAGUUUAGUGCACAAAUUUAGGAGCUUUAAGAAAAUUCUGAAUUAUCAAAAUCCUCAUUUGAACUUCGAUGCAAAAACUAAUUAGAUAGGCAGAAAGAUCAUACCCAAAAAUGGUUUACACUGUAAGUGUAAACUAAAAACUCCAAGGUUGUCCAACAGAAAGCUAUAUACAUUAAGAUUUAAAGAUAACAAUGUAAAAUAUUUUUACUUCACCGUGUAACGUAAAUCUUCACCGUGUAACGUAAAUCAUAGAAAAUAUAUGACGUCACAAUCCAAUGACGUCGCAGCAGUGUGAGACAGAAAAAUCUCACAUGGCUGUCUCACAUGGGUAAAGUCGAUCUCACACUGGUGAUAAUGUGAGAAAACUUAGUCCAUAAAGUUAACUUAUUUAUUUGGCAUGAUGUGGGUUAAACUGACUUGAAUCAAGCACUAGUAGUAACAGAUACUAUAGAGCAUAUCAAAGGAAUUUUGAUGGAGAUUAUUGUGAAAUUAUUGUAUAUCUAGGACAACAUUGAAAUCAAUAGAAUUAAUAUUUUCAGAUUUUUAUGAUAAUAGUGUUGUCCCUAAGGCCCGGGGAUUUUCCUUGUCAAUAUUCAGACUCAAAACUUCGACUUUCAGUAAGUGAUACAGAGAAUGAAAAUGACCCGAAAUCUCCUUUUUAAUUUUAGAUAUCACUGUCUACAUCAAAUCAUAGGGAUUGGUUUUUACUAGUUCUUCAAACUGGUUAAGUUGAUCCCCUUUGAAGUGUUGUAGUAGAUUCAGUUACUCUAAUUUACAACUGUAAUGUGAAUGCAAUUUGGGCUAUAGAUUUAAGAAAUGAAUUUCGUUUUUGAAAAUUCAUAAGGGCAUGAACUGCAAUGCUUUAUGGCAGCAUACUUCAUGAAGCGCAUUAGCACUUCAUGAAAAGUAUGCUGGAGUGAAGUGUUGCUGUUCAUGCCCUCAUGUAUUUUCAAAAAUGAAAUUUAUUAUAUAUUUACAUUUUCAUUUCUUUCAGAAUUCCCAGCCAUUAAAAUAGUCAGACUAUAUUUAUCAAGAUUCAUACGCGCAUUGUUCUCGCUCAUGAGGAAAUGGCUAUCAUUUCAAUUGGUAAAGAUAUUAAAGACAAAAACAUUGGAAAUGUAAAUAUUGUUGAUAAAUAUAGUUGUGGUUAACUUGAUCCAGUGUGAACCAACCUAUAUCUCAGAGUUUUGAUUUGUAUUUUAUAGCCAUCUCUUUCAGAACAAGUCUUUUUCUUUGAACAAAGAGGUGUGGAGUAUAUGUCAGAAUGCUCAGAAACUUUGUUAUUUUUGUACAAUGUACAUAUUCAUUUUUAAGCUCAACAAAAUAUUAUUGAAGAGGGUGAUAUAUGUAUUGCAUUUACUGGUAGUCCCAUAUAGCUGUUUGAAUCACUCUUGGCAUUGUUUUGGACAUUUUUGACAAGUUGUCCUUCAUUGCAAGUUAUUCGCUGUUACUAGAAUUGUUAAAGCUCUGUGUUUUGUAGGUUGAAUUUUCCUUUCAUCAUGUUAAAAUUUCCAUGGCUAGCAUUUCAGAAUAAUUUUAGAAAAUUAUCAUAUAAACUUGUUUGAAGAAAUUGUUUUGUUUUCAGGGCCUGAUACUCAGUGUCGUGUAUUUUAAGUUGUGUACAUACUUAUUAGAAUUUUAUGAUUUUUAGCUUUAGGAAAAAUGAAAAUAUUUUAAAAGUAGAACAUUGCAAUUUGAUCAUCUUCACAAAUUUACAAAUUAGACAUUUCUCAUCUAUUGUACAUGUAGUGAAGUUUGAAAAAUCCAUGUUGUUUCUCAUACAUUUGAUAGUUUUCACUCUUAUUGUUUUACCAUGUUCAGAUCUAUGAUCUAUGGUUGUUGGACUUGUAUUUUGAUAAAUAGUUAACCACGGUAUGGGACUUAACACUGUAAAUAAUUGUCGGAGUGACCAGAGCUUACUUAUGGAGAGGUUUUCAUAGAAUAACUCAUUGUUUGUCAACCUUAGCAAAUGUUUUCCUUGUAAAAAAAAUAACAAAAAAAUAAAGAAAAUACAGAUUCCA